CUUUCUAUUCAUCCACCAACACUCAACCACAACAAUAGCGACGGGUUUAGUCGUCCGUAUUAUUAUCUAUAUAAGCCCUUCUUUGGAGCUGAAAGGCUCGAUUUCGUCCACUUUACCUGUGUUCACAUCUGCCAUUCACAUUCCAACAUGUCCGGUUCGAAUCUCCAUAACGCUCUUCUCCGCCCGCCAAUCAUCCAGAUCCUGCGCGCAGCAGGCUUCCAUGCAACGCGGCCCUCUGUUCUCGACACUCUCGCUGACCUCACGGCUCGCUACAUUAUGAUUCUCGCUUCAUCUACUACCGCUCACGCUGCAAACGCUCAUCCUCACGACCCUGUACCAGUCCUUGAAGACAUCUACCAAGCCUUGCAAGAUGCAGGCGCGCUGCGACCCCAGCUACGAGAAUGGGAGGAGGAAUGGCAAGCGGAAGAAGACAUGCGUGGAUUGGAAGGGUUUCUGUCGUGGUUCACGGGCCCAGCGAAUCGGGAGAUUCGACGAAUCGCCGGGUUUGUGCCCAGUGAAGGCGAUAUGGUCGACGCAGACGCUCUCGAAAAAGAGGACUUCCUUACAGCUCUAAAAAAGAAACACAGCAAAACCGGCGAGGAGUCGAGAUAUGCGGGAACGGUGCUAGGAAAGAGCGCCGACGAGCAUCCAAUUGUCAUCGAGGGCGGCGCUCCCAGUCUGCAGGAUUGGGGCUCUCAAAUGCGAUCGCGGGCGCCAUACAUGGGAGACAGCGACUCCUCCGGUGUUAGUAGUGCGCCGAGUAACUUGUCCGAUGGCGAAGGCAUGGAUGUGUGAUAGCUCGACGACAACAGAGGCCUUAAACGAGAUCACUGCAGCAAACGAUUGCGACAUUGGCUGCGUCAAGUCUACGGCACAGCGAGCCAGACUUAUAUAUGAACAACUCAUCAUCAUCAACGCCACGCCCUGUCUGGCACCUGGAUAGCUGGCGGGCCCAGCUUGAUGGCAAUGCUGAACCACACCACCACCCCAACACCCAACUAAUCACAUGCCACAGAAUUGGACGGCACAAUUUAGGGACAGGACGGAUUCACGGGGAUUACGGUCAGAACACGGUAUACGACGCUUGGACGUGUCCGAAAGGAAAGGCUGGACGAGACUGGGAUUGAAAAACAUCUUGCAGGGGUAAUCCAUGUAUCCACAGCAGGCAGUAGGGCAGCAUUAAAUCAGUAUGAAUUAAUCUGAAGGCCAGUAGGCACU